AAAGAAGGAUGUAACAGUAACAUGUUAGUGUGGUAGAAUGAUCUUACGUUUCAGAAGUAUGCUAACGACGCCAGUUAACUAUAAUGAAGGCGUUGCAUCUUUUUUGUCCAUUGACUCGGAACCAACCAGAGAAGUAGAACCUAAGAGGAGUAUCCAAGCAAUUUAAUAAAAGAAACGUAUAACAUAUUUAUGUACCUUUUGCUUAAUCUGGCAUUGGGGAGUAUUCUGUGUAGCAGCAUCAUGACUUCUUCUCUUCAGGAGUAUUCUGAUAAUAGUGGCGAGGCUGGUGAGCUGCAAACUCAUGCAGAAUCUCAAACCCAGUAUUCAUCACCUGCAACUGAGAUGUCUCAUCCUUGUGUUCCAGCACCGACUGUGCAAUACACAUCUCCACUGCUUGGAGUGGGCAAUACAAUGGGGCAAGCGGCAUACCCAUAUCCAGACCCAUAUUACAGAAGCAUCUUUGCUCCGUACGACACACAGCCAUAUCCUGCACAGCCAUAUCCAGCGCAGCCAAUGGUCCAUCUUCAAUUGAUGGGAAUCCAACAAGCUGGUGUUCCUUUACCCUCGGAUGCAGUCGAGGAGCCUGUCUUUGUUAAUGCAAAACAAUAUCAUGGCAUCAUGCGACGUCGACAAUCUCGUGCCAAAGCUGAAUCGGAAAAUAAAGCUCUCAAGUCUCGUAAGCCAUACUUGCAUGAAUCUCGACAUCAGCAUGCCCUGCGAAGAGCCAGAGGAAAUGGGGGUCGUUUCCUUAAUGCAAAGAAAGAUGAAAAUCAACAAAGUGAAGCUUCGUCGGAUAGAUCUCAGGCCAAUAUUAAUCUCAACUCUGACAAAAUUGAUGUUGCUUCCUCAGACAGCUGCUGUUGAGAAAUGCAAAACUGUACCUGUUUCAUGUCCAGAUUAGAGUUAACUUUCGAACUCAAUCAGGUGACUAAGAUCCAUGCUUAUAGUUUAAGUAUGUUGAUUUGUAGGUUGAUAAAUCCUGAACUGAGAGCCAGUUGUGUGUAUAGUUUCAGUCAUUGGCUUGUUGAGGGGUCAGAAGUAGAAGCGAAGUAUUAGAUUGCGAGUGACAGUGUAUUAUGAUAUUGUGAGCUGUUUGUAAUGAAAUGGAGGUAUACGAUUGUAAUUGAAGGGAUUUAUCUUCCUUGA